CCAGCAAAAAAAUUUGAUUUUUAUUCACGCCCAGAGUUUUUCUUGAUUUGGGGUCUCUUCAGUGAAAGAAAGUUUGGUUUUUUUUUUUGCAAAUGCAAAGGGUGGGGGUUGAGGGAUUGGUACCCAAAGUCCGGAAAAGGGGCUGCUCGUCGCCGUCUUCUGCGUCGUCGAUAGUUCAUAGCUACAGAUUCAAGCGGGCCAUUGUGGUGGGGAAGGGCAGGCACGGGCUGGGAAGGUCCAGAUCUAACACGCCCGUGCCGACCUGGAGAACGACGCCGUUUCUGAGAGGCGGCGGCGAGUCUCCGAGGACAUUGCGGCCUGUCUCGGCGCGGAAGCUGGCGGCGACUCUCUGGGAGAUGAAUGAAGUGCCGUCGCCGGCGCCGGAGGGGAUGGAGGAGGUGGAAGUGAGGGGAAACAAGAAGACGGUGAUGAAGAAGGAGAAAAUGAGGUCUGCUUCUUCCCAUUUGUGCGAUCCAUCUCACAGCCCAGUCUCUGAGAGGAUGGAUCGAUCUGGAACGGGGAGUUACCAGAAGAGGAUGUCGAGUUCUUCCCACAGGUCGAGGACAGCAAACCACAACGUUGGAGUUUUAGAUUCAUUAAGCAGCGCGAGCCUAGUUGAGAUGGAGACCAGAUCCCAAACGAGUGUCUCGGUGGGAGGUGUUAAAAACCGUCUGAAAGAUGUUAGCACUGCUCUGACAACGUCGAAGGAGCUUCUAAAAAUAAUCAACCGGAUUUGGGCGCGUUCUGACCCGCCUUCUUCUAGCAUGUCUCUUGUCUCGGCUUUACAUGCCGAACUUGAAAGGGCGCGCCUGCAGGUAAACCAGCUUAUUCAAGAACAGCGUUCAGAUCAGAACGAGAUCAGUUACCUUAUGAAGUGUUUUGCUGAAGAGAAAGCGGCCUGGAAGAGUAAAGAGAAGAAAGCAAUUGAGAGCGCGAUUGAGUCCAUUGCCAAUGAACUUGAGGUAGAGAGAAAGCUAAGGCGAAGAUCUGAGAGCUUAAACAAGAAACUCGGGAAGGAGCUGUUAGAAACAAAAGCUUCGUUCACGAAGGCAGUGAAAAUGCUUGAAAACGAGAAGAGAGCGAGGGAAAUAAUAGAACAAACGUGUAGUGAAUUAGCGGGGGGAAAUGGUGAAGAUAGAGGCGAGAUUGAAGAUCUUAAUAGGGAAUCGGCAAAAAUUCAUGAAGAGAUUAAAAAGGAAAGGGUAAUGCUCCAACUAGCUGACAGAUUAUGCGAGGAAAGAGUUCAUAUGAAACUCUCAGAUGCCAAACAUGAGUUCGAGGACAAAAAUUCUGCAGUUAACAAGCUGAGGAAACAGCUCGAUACAUUCCUAGUCACAAAAAGCCCUAAGGUAAAAGGAAACGGCUCUGCAAAUUAUGACAUUGGCAAACAAAUUGCUGCAUACUUGAAUGAAACUCGGUUUAAUUCCUAUGAGAACGAGGAGAAAGAUGAUUCCGGGGAGGUAGUGGAGUGUGGCGAAGACUCAGCAGAAAGCGAGCUUCAUUCAAUUGAGUUGAACGUGGACAACACUAACAAGAACGACAAGUGGGCUUAUCCGUCUGGCAUUGCUCGCGAGUCAAGUAGAGUUUCAGUUGAUGAAAUCAAGACGAGAAGCUUUGUUUCUGGGCAGGUACCCAGAAGAAGCACUUCGCUUCUGAGGAGCACUUCUGAAGUAAUUGACUGGGGAACUCGAGCGGGAUAUAUUCAGAACUCUGAAGAACGAUUAGACCCCGAGAGACUCCAUGAACUGGGGAAAGUAGGUCAGAAAUAUGGCUAUCUGGAAGAAAUACAAAGACUAAAAGCUGUUGCAGGCCUCAGAGACCACGGUACUGGUAGGAAAAGUUCAGGCCGAGAUGUGUCUAGUCCAUCACGCCAUUGGGACCAACUGCGCGAUCCUUGUGGUAGCAUUUCUGAAAGAUCUAGCGUUACUCAUGGCGAUACUCCAAAGUCGAGGCUGGCAGAUUUCAAAGGGGAAGGACAGAGCGCAAGAAGAGCAAAACGACGAGAAUGAGCCAGCAGUCAGUCUAAUGUAGUUCUUCUGGAUUAACAUGAACCCAGUUUUGUUGUGAAACAUUUGACAAAUCCUAGGAAGGAAUGAUUUACUGCUUUUUACCAUCCUUGUAUAAUAUUUCAAGCUGUAACUCUGAUUAUUAUUAUGUUUUCUAUGAAAUAUGCUUUUUCUUUC